AUGGAAAAUCUACAUGCAACUGAUACCAAAUCGAUCCACGAAGUAUCCGAUCAUGAAAUCCGUUCCAACCCAGGUCCACAAGAUGGACUAUGGCUCCGAUUUCUUACGUAUGCCAAAUGGUAUCCAAAGGACAUGGCACACCAGGAGAAGAAGCUAGUCCUCAAACUGGAUAUCAUGAUCCUAGUCUUUGGUUGCCUUUCAUUCUUCACCAAAUACCUUGACCAGCAGGCAAUCACCAAUGCUUAUGUAUCAGGCAUGAAAGAAGACCUCAAGCUGCACGGCAAUGAAUUGAACUACAUAACGGCGAUAUUUUGGGCUUCGUAUUGCACCUCCAUGAUCCCGGCCUGCUACUGGCUAACUCGCACGCGUAUCAACAUUGCGCUACCGACCCUAGAAAUCGGAUGGGGACUCUUCACAUUCGGUUGUGCUUGGGCACAGAACCUGAAUACUAUAUACGCAAUGCGCUUCUUCAUCGGGAUCUGUGAAUCUUGCUCCUUCACCGGUGUCAUUUAUGUCAUCGGGUCGUGGUAUAAGCCCGGCGAGGUGACACGUCGAGUUGCGCUUUUCUUUGUUGCUUCACCACUUGGGACUAUGUUCGCGGGCUAUUUGCAGGCUGCUGCUUAUACAAAUUUAGAGGGGAGGCAUGGAUUAGCUGGGUGGAGAUGGUUGUUCAUUAUUUGCACUAUUAUUACAAUUCCCAUUUGCAUUGUAGGAUAUAUCAUUUUCCCAGAUGUUCCUCACCGAUCAAGGCCACGGUUUCUAACAGCCACCGAGCAUGAUAUUGCCAACAUUCGUCUGGCAGGACUAACAGCGCCAAGCGAACUAAAAGUCUCACGGGCCAUCUUCAAGCGAGUCUUCGGGCGAUGGCAUUGUCUAUAUCUGAAGGCUAAACCAGAAAUCUACUCCGUCUCACGGGUGAACACUUUACCGACAAUCGCAACGGCACUGUCCGUCGUAGCCGCGCUAGUAGCGGGCGUUACCGCGGAUCGCCUACGAAAUUUCUGGAUUCCCUCCGUGGUGACCAGCAUUCCCGUUCUGGUUGGGGUUAUUUUGCUCGUUGCCUAUAACGUUGGGGAGACGGGGCGGCUGGUGGGGUUCAUUCUCACUGGAUUUGAAGGAGCAAUUAGUCCGCUCACUAUGAGUUGGGCGAGUAUCACCAUGGCCAAGGAUGCUGAAGAACGCGCCAUUGUCACGGCAAGUAUGAACGCGAUCGGCCAAGCCAUGGCCGCGUGGACACAGAUAUUUCAGUAUCCGGCUAGUUCUGCCCCAAAUUUUCGAACGGGAUUCAUCUCAAAUCUGGCCACUACUAUCGCACAACUCUUGAGUGUUGGCUUGAUCACCUUUCUCGUAUAUCGGGAUGCGCGAAAAGAGCAAUUGGGUUCUACUGUGGUUGAAGUUGCUUCUGAGCAAAUCCACGAUGACUCUCAAAAUAUCGGGUCUCGGCCAUCUUGGUACCGUUCCAUCCCUUUCCAAAUUGCCAUUGCUAGUGGUGUCUCCUUCACCGCCCCUGGUAUGUGGGAUGCAUUGAACAACCUCGGAGCAGGUGGUGCAGCCGAACCCUAUGCUGUCUCCGCGGCGAACGCUCUGGUCUAUGGAUUAUUUGCAGUUGUUUGCGUCGCCGCUGGCGCAAUUAACAACCGAAUCGGUCUUCGGUACGGGUUGAUCCUCGGUGCGAUCGGUUACCCGAUCUACGGUGCCGGUCUGUACACUAAUAACUACCACCCCACGACAUGGUUCCUGCUCUUCGGCUCCGCGCUGUGCGGUAUCUCAGCUGGAUUUUUCUGGGCUGCCGAGGCCGCUAUUAUCAUUGGAUACCCCAGUCCUAAGGAGCGCGCUUUCUACCUUGCUAUCUGGCAGACCGCCAAGUGUUCCGGUCCGAUCAUUGGCGGUGCAAUCAGUUUGGGACUGAAUGCACAGUCUUCUAACAAGGGAACGGUCAGCGCUGCGACUUACAUCGUCUUCAUUGUCAUCAUGUGUCUCGGUCUGCCGAUUUCGCUCUUUCUCAGUCCCGCCGAGAAAGUCCAGCGCAAGGACCACUCUCUUGUGAUUGUGAACAAGAAAGAAACUUGGGCCAAAGAAUUCAAGGCUGCCGUUGCUCUCAUUUUCACUCGCCGGGUCCUCCUCCUCCUCCCAGCUUUCUUUAUCAGCUACUUCUACAAUGGCUUCCAGAGCACAUUCCUGACCACUUACUUCACCGUCCGGUCUCGCGCAUUCUCAUCGUUCCUCACCAACUUCGCCGGAAUCGCGUCUUCGUUCAUCCUAGCCUCUCUGCUUGAUCGCCAAACCAUCUUCAUCAAGACCCGCGCUAGAAUUGCUUUCUGCUCCAUCAUUACCAUAAUCAUCGGCACUUGGAUCUGGGCUACCGUCCUGCAGAAGCAGUACUACGACGCACCCGAGCCCCCGAUGUUCGACUGGUUCACAAGCGGCUUCAACAAGGGAUACGCACUUAUCUUCUUCUGGACCUUCGGUGGCCAAGCCUUCCAGCAAUUCCUCUACUGGCUGGUUGGUCAGUAUAGUACCGACCUCUCAUCUUUGUCCUACCACUGCGGAAUCCUACGUGGAUUCGAGGCUCUGGGACAAACCGUUGCAUGGGCCAUGCAAACCGAAGGUGGUGCCAACCACUUCGUCAGCAUCGGUCUCAACUUCGGAAUCACGAUUCUUGCCAUCGUCCCCACGUGGAUUGUUCUAUCUGAAUUGGAACACAGCCACGAGGUGCAGGUCACCGCGGAGGACGUCGCGCCCAAAACAGCGGGUGGCUCAACAGCUUGA